GAGGGCGGAGGAAGGACUUUUUCCCACCCAGUCUCAGUGUGAAAGAAGAGAGCUGUGGGGGAGGGGAUACCUACCCAGACACAACCAUGUCUGACAUCCACGCGUGCUGAAAAGAAGCAGAGCUGCUACAAAGACACCGCGACCAAGCAGAGGACAGAGAGACGGGGGAAGGGUGGGUGGGGAUCGAUGUGUAAAAGAUGCACAAGGGCUGCAUCUCUCAGAGUCCAGGAGAAACAAAAAAACAUUGUGUUGUGAAGGGAGGCUGAACCACCAGGCGCGAGCAAUGAGAAGCCGCUGAGCACAGCCCUCCUCCUUCUGUCUCCCUGCGUGAGUCCGCCUCUGCCAGCUGAUCCCGAGCCCUGCGAUGAUUUAGAGUGUGCGGCGUGCAGACUCCCCUCCCUGCUGCCCCUGGCUGUGUUUGGGCUAUGGUCCUGACUCAGAAGCAGAGCAUCACCCAGAUGCAGCUCUGUGGAUGUAGCGGAGGUUAAGCCUGUGACAAGCAGCAUGGGGGCCAAACAGAUGAAAUGCCUCUCCUCAGCCAGCCCUGCGCACUCUCCCAAAGAGGAGUAUGUUAUCACCCAAACCAUGGAUGGAUCGAAAGACGAAACGGCCAAUGAUAUCUCUGAGGUCCAAGGGGAAUGUCACGAGGACCAAUCAGAAGUGACAGAGAAGAAGUCGGCUGCAGAGGAGGUGCUGCUUUGUGGCUUGUGCCCAUCCCUGGGGCAGGAGGGGCAGGAGGGGGGACAGGAGGGGGACAGAUCCUGGGUGGAGCAGCUGGAUGCCCACCAGGAGCAGCUGGAGAAGGAGAUGCAUGAGGCGCGGAGGAUGGUGUUCCGCCUUCAGGCUCUACUGCUUCACGGCUCUCUCCCUGAAGAGGACCAGGAGGGAACCACAAGCUACGGAGAUAGCCGAGCCAACACUGAACAGCAACUGGUUUUAAUUCGGAGCCGUUUGGACCAAAGUGUGGAAGAGGCCCUUGAUCUUAAGAGGGAGCUUCUUAGACACAAACAGGAAGUGCGCCACGUUCAGGCCAUCAAGGAUGCUCUGCAGCAGCGCCUGGCAGUGCAGGAGGACACAGUGUUGCAGCUCAAGCAAGAGCUGCUCAGGUGCACCAUGGCCAAAGAUCAGCUGGAAGGGGAAAAUGCAGAGCUCAAACACAAAUUGAGUGAACGGAGCAAAUUACUGAGCGAAUAUGAGCAGGUCGGGAGGAGGGAGCGAUUAAUGCAGCCACAGAAGCCUGAUGAAGCCCCAUAUAAAGCACAUGAAGUCAACCUUGGACGGGGGGAGGAGUUGCAACUCGUGAGAGAAGCUCUGCGCAGUUUGCGGGACAGUUUCUCUGGUCAUGACCCGCAGCAUCACACGUUGGACACUUUGGAGCAGGGCGUGGCCAGUCUCAUGGACCGCUUACACUCCCUGGACACCCAGCUUAGACAGGACAGAGGGGAGGAUUUCAAAUCUCCAGGACGCAGAGCCAAUUCCACAGACCGUGACUCCUGGCCACAAGGCUCAAAAAUGGCACACUCCCAAAGCAGCCCGGGGUUGGACACAGCUGUCUCCACCAAAGUGCUCUACUUCACUGAUCGCUCGCUCACCCCCUUUCUGAUUAACAUCCCGAAAAGGCUGGGUGAAGUGACACUGAGGGACUUCAAGGCCGCUGUGGACCGACAAGGCAGUUUCAGAUACCACUUCAAAGCCCUUGACCCAGAGUUUGGCACCGUCAAAGAAGAGGUUUUUCAAGAUGGAGCAGUUGUGCCCGGCUGGGAGGGGAAGAUUGUGGCGUGGGUUGAAGAAGACCAUGGAGAGAGGAGGUAGACGGCAGAACUAUACGCCUCUGAAAAAAACUCACUGGACUGAACACAUGAAACCACUAUAAUAUUAUUUGUGAUUGUGAUUUAACAAUGCUUUAAGAAAUACAAGACAAUGACCUGGGACCAAUGGAUGUAACCUGACUUUUAAAAAUGAAGUGCUCAAACUCACUAUUUAAUACAGAAUGGCAUCAAAUGUAUUUUUAUUGUAUAUUCAGGCAAAGCACAUCUCACAACGUUCGCCAUCUCAUAUGCAUUAAGAUAAUGAUUGUUAAAUUGUUCAUAAUGCAAUAUGUGAAAGUUUGACAAGGUAUUUUACAUGACAACAUCGCCACUCAAAUCUUGUAUAAGCUCUUAAGUGCAAAGUUUGCCAAGCUUACAAUAAUGUUUACUGUUUUUCCACAUGUUCACGUUGCCAAAUGGUGUUCCAUGUUUAAAUUAAUAAACACAAAUGACUGCA